AUGAAAGUAAACAAGGUAAUACAUAAAAAGAAUCAUGUAGACCAUAUGCGUGAACAUUAUAGUAAAAGUUUUAGUAAUCGUAGUAAUAUGAAAAGAUAUACAGGUGUUAAGAAAAAAAUUUAUAGGGGAGUUGUAUAUAAACAGGGGAGGGAGCAUACUAGCGUAAGAAGUAAAGGAAAAGGUUUUUCAUCCUGGAACGAUAAUUUAUUAUAUUUUGAAAAUGAACACAACAAUAGUGUAAGAAAUAGUGACAGAUUUUACAAAGACACCUGGAGAGCGUCCCACAGGAAGGUGAAAAGAACUAACAAAAUAGACAUAUGUAAAGGGAAGGGUUCGGAUAUACACGGAAAGAAAAUAAGUAAUAAAAAAAUUAAGAGGAAAAAACGGUAUAUUGAUGUGAUAGGAACAGAAACAUUAAUUAAUUACAUAGGUGACUUGAGAGAAAUAUAUCUAAAUAAUAAAUAUAAGAAAAAUUAUGAAAGUAUAAAAAUGGGUAUUGAGAAAAAUAAAAAUUUUUCGAUUUUAUCAAAUUAUAUGAACUGUGCAGGUAAUGUUGAUGAAGAAAAGCAUUUAGCUGAUUUUAUUAAAAAGCAAUAUAUGAACAAUUCUCUUAUUGAAUUAUUUCAAAAUAUUGGUAGAGAUGUAGUAUUCUUAAUACAUCUGAUGAAACCAAGAGAACAUGAAAUAUUAAUGAGAAAGAUGAUUUUAAAAAAAAUAGAAAAUUUUAUAAAAAAGUUGUUUCCCAAAUUUUUUAUCAUUACAUAUGGGUCAUGUAAUACGGAUUUGGAUAUAUAUAACUCAGAUAUUGACAUAUGUAUAUAUAAUAACAUCAAAUGCAAUAAAGCGAAUGUUUCCAAUUUAUAUAGAGAAAUGAAAAAAAGUACAUUAUUUAUGAAUGUGGACACGAAGAAAAUAUUAAGUGCCAAAGUGCCAAUUGUUAAAUGCUUUUUUAAUGAUUUACAAUUAUCUGUCGAUAUAUCUUUCAAUGAAGUGAGUGCACUGACUAGUACAAUAUUGACACAGAAAUGUAUUAAGGAAAAUUCUUUAUUAACAUAUUUAAUUAUUUUUUUAAAGAUUUUUUUAACACAAUACGAUUUGAAUGAUGCAUCACAAGGAGGUAUCAGCUCAUUUAACGUGUUUCUAACUUUAAUAAAUUUUUUAAAAAAUAAUAAAAUCGUUUUUUACGGAAAGAAUCAUUUUUUAUAUAUAGGGGAAGUUAUACAUAAAUUUAUUUCCCAUUUUUCUCUAAUGAAAGAUAAACUAAGCCUCCUUUCGUUUCUUAACCUUGCCAAUGGGGGAAGUGGGACAAAGGAGGAAGCGAAACAGGAAGAAAAAAAGGAAAAAAAAAAAGGAAAAAAAAAGGAAUCAAAAGAGGGUGCAAAAGAGGAGGCAAAAGAGGGAGCAAAAGAGGGAGCAAAAGAGGGAGCAAAAGAGGGAGCAAAAGAGGGAGCAAAAGAGGAAGCAAAAGAGGAAGCAAAAGAGGGAGCAAAAGAGGGAGCAAAAGAGGGAGCAAAAGAGGAAGUUGAAGUAGAAAAAAAAUUUUUUUUAAAGGAACAUUUUUAUAAUUCUCUUUGCAAAGAAGACAGCCAUGUUAACAAACUUUUUAAUGAAAUAUUUUGCCAGUUCGUUGUUUAUGAUCCAUUAGAAGAAGAGCAAAAAAAGAUAGUUACAUUUAAAAAAAUUCUAAAAGCUAGGGUUUGUUUUAAACAAGCAUUUUAUGCCCUAUCGAUUAUUUUUUUAUCCUAUGUAAAAAAACAUAGUACACAGCUAUAUGAAAUGUACACUCAUCACAUUUUUAGUGACUACCUGCAAAUUCUUUCCUUUUUCAAUUAUAUAGGUGAUAAAUAUAUAAAUCAGGGUUUGAAAGAUUAUUAUAUGUUUUUUCAGAGUAAUAUACAAAAUUUCCGUUUUAUUAAAGGGAGUAAGCCAUUUUCUAGGAAUGAAUUGUUUUAUCAUAAGAACAGCGGUAACGAUAACGCAUACUUGGCGCAUUUCCCACCUCUUCGUACAGGAAGUGGUAACGAUCGUGCUGAUGUUGAUAUGAAUGUGGAUAUGGACGUGGAUAUGAAUGUGGAUAUGAAUGUGGAUAUGAAUGUGGAUAUGAAUGUGGAUAUGAAUGUGGAUAUUAAUAACAAUGUCGAUGUUGAAGCUGUUGUAGAUGAGAAUGUUGUCUCCUCUGAGGACGCUGUGGCACGAAGCAAAACUAAAGAUCAUGUAGUAAAAAUUGAAAGUAAUAGACAACAAAUAAAUGUAUGUGGUGCACAAAAACAGCUAUUAAAGAAGGAAUUAGUAGGAGCUAGUAGUCCAUCAUUACACAUUUUGGACAAUACUAACAUAGAUAGUGAGGGGCGUGAAAACUAUUGGAAGAACAACAAGAAGAAGAAGAGGAACACUACUAAUAGUUACGAAGAGUAUCAGUCGAAAACGAAUGCAAAAGAUGUAAUAAGAAGGGAUAUCAGCACCUACUCAUUACCAUCUAAGGGAAGUAGUGAGGUGGAAAUAAUAAGUCCAGAAUGUUCAAAAAAAUGUAAUGGACACAUGAACGACACUUCCACGGAUUAUAAUUCAUUGGAUACGCAUAACAAAACAUGUUUUAUGGAAAAAGGGAAAGACAUAGUAAUAGUAAACACAGAAGGGGAAGGGGAGGAAAGAAGGGAUGAAUGUAAUAAAGACGAUAAGAACAAUUAUAUUACAAUCGAGGAUUCAGGUGACGAAACUUCAAGUAUAGUGGAAAAAGAACAUACCAGAAAGCAGCUUACUGGAAAGAAGCAUAAUGGCAAGAAGCUUAAUGACAAGAAGCUUAAUGAUAAGAAGCUUAAUGAUAAGAAGCUUAAUGAUAAGAAGCUUAAUGAUAAGAAGCUUAAUGAUAAGAAGCUUAAUGAUAAAGAGUACACUGGAGAAAAAACUGGGGAACGUAAUCUGUCCCGCCCAUAUGACACAGAUAACAAAAAAGAAAAUAAUAGGAGUGUUAUAAGUACACUUAGGAGUUACUUCGAGUAUUGCGAUUUUGAAAAUAUAAAAAGGAAAACAAAUAAUUUAUAUAAUUCCCUUGGCAGUAGUACUAGCCCAAUUAAGAGAGCAGAGUGCAUAAACAUCAUUCUUAAUGAAUUAAAAAUUGUACACUAUAUUUUGGAUGUUAAAAAAUUAUUAUGUAACAGAUUUCAUCAUUUUUAUUUAUAUAAUCAUGUAAAGGUAAAGAAUGUAAAGAAUAAUCAAUUGUCCGAAAAUGAUCAAGUCACGAUAAAAAAGAUGAAAGAAAAAAUGCUAACAAAUUUAACCGAGUUUAAGAGGUACAAUCCUAAUAAAAUAAUGAGUUUAGAUAUAAAUACAGAUUAUUUUGUACAAGGAUGA